AUGAAACUCCUCAAUUAUGCUUUGGUCUAUCGCCGCUUUCUCAUUGUGGUUCUCAGUGUUCUCUUUUUAUUGCCACUACCUCUCAUCAUCCGCACCAAGGAAGCAGAAUGUGCCUAUGUCCUCUUCGUUGUUGCCAUCCUUUGGAUCACAGAAUCCUUCCCACUGUCAAUCACAGCUCUACUGCCUGGCUUAAUGUUCCCCAUGUUUGGGAUCAUGCCUUCUGCACGUGUGGCCUCUUCUUAUUUCAAAGACUUUCACCUGCUGUUAAUUGGAGUCAUCUGUUUAGCAACAUCAAUAGAAAAAUGGAAUUUACACAAGAGGAUUGCUCUGAGGAUGGUGAUGAUGGUGGGUGUGAAUCCGGCUUGGCUGACGUUGGGGUUCAUGAGCAGUACUGCCUUCUUAUCUAUGUGGCUUAGCAACACAUCUACUGCUGCCAUGGUGAUGCCCAUCGUGGAGGCUGUGGCACAGCAGAUCAUCAGUGCUGAAGCAGAGGCCGAGGCCACUCAGAUGACUUAUUUCAAUGAAUCUGCCACCCAUGGACUGGAAGUUGAUGAAACUAUUAUUGGACAAGAAACAAAUGAGAGAAAAGAGAAAACAAAACCAAUUCCAGGAAGCAGUAACGACACAGGGAAAGUUUCAAGCAAGAUGGAGACAGAAAAGAACUCAGUUACAGGAACAAAAUAUCGGUCAAAGAAGGACCACAUGAUGUGUAAACUCAUGUGCUUAUCUAUUGCCUACUCUUCAACCAUUGGUGGGCUGACAACACUCACUGGUACCUCCACCAAUCUGAUCUUCUCUGAACAUUUCAAUACACGUUACCCUGAGUGUCGUUGCCUCAACUUCGGAUCCUGGUUUUUGUUUUCCUUCCCAAUUGCUGUUAUCCUCUUACUCUUGUCCUGGAUCUGGCUUCAGUGGCUUUUCUUGGGAUUCAACUUUAAGGAGAUGUUCAAAUGUGGCAAAACCAAAACACUCAAAGAAAAGGCGUGUGCCGAGGUGAUCAAGCAAGAAUAUGAAAAACUUGGGCCAAUUAGGUAUCAGGAAAUCGUGACCUUGGUAAUCUUCAUCCUAAUGGCCUUGCUAUGGUUCAGUCGGGAUCCUGGCUUUAUUACUGGUUGGUCAGUCUUGUUUUCAAAGUACCCUGGUUAUGUUACAGAUUCAACUGUUGCUUUAGUUGCAGGACUACUUUUCUUUCUAAUUCCAGCUAAGGAAUUGACAAAAACUACAUCUACUGGAAAAACUGUUGCUUUUGAUUACUCUCCCCUGAUUACUUGGAAAGAAUUCCAGUCAUUCAUGCCCUGGGACAUAGCCAUUCUUGUUGGUGGAGGUUUUGCCCUGGCAGAUGGCUGUCAGGAAUCAGGACUAUCUAGCUGGAUAGGAAGUAAAUUAUCUCCUUUAGGUUCAUUACCAAUUUGGCUAAUAAUUCUGAUAUCUUCUUUGAUGGUCACAUCUUUGACAGAGGUAGCCAGCAACCCAGCUACCAUCACCAUUCUUUUCCCUAUAUUAUCUCCUUUGUCUGAAGCCAUUCAUGUGAACCCUCUGCAUAUUCUGCUGCCUUCCACACUCUGCACAUCAUUUGCAUUCCUUCUGCCAGUUGCAAAUCCACCCAAUGCUAUUGUUUUUUCAUAUGGCCACCUGAAAGUCAUCGACAUGGUUAAAGCUGGACUUGGAGUAAAUAUUUUGGGAGUUGCUGUGGUGAUGCUGGGCAUGUUCACCUGGAUCGAACCUAUGUUUAACCUCCACGAGUACCCUUCCUGGGCUCCUGACUUUCUUAAUCAGACCAUACCAUGACAAGCACAAAAUUGCCACCUACUUCAUGGUGACUUUUGGACUUGCUAAGAAUUCAUUGUAAAAUGUAGCUGUAUAUAACUGACACAUAUAAAUCAGUGAUAUAGUCAUUACAGUUCCAAUGCAUGCUUCCCACUCGCUGUCAUAGAGUAUAUGUCUUUUGAAAU